AUGAAUGAAAAUGUAGAAAACUUUGGAGGAAACAACCGUGGCGGGGGCCAAGGCGUCCGCUAUGUGCCUCCUCACAUGCGAAAUGAUGGUCAACGUGAUGAUGUACAACGUGAUGAUGGACAACGUGAUGAUGGACAACGCCGCGGGGGUGGUGGCGGAAAUUAUCGCGGCCAACAAGGACAACAAGGAGGAGGAAUGCAUAAGAGUUCGAGUUUCAACCAGCGCGGCAAUUGGGGCGAUGAUGGCUCGCAAUCGGCCCGUGGUGGCGGAUAUGAGGAUCGACGUGAUGGUGGAUAUGGAGGAGGACGUCCUCGUGGUGGUGGUCAAGGCGGUGGUCGUGGACGUGGAGACUACUCAAACAACGGUGGCGGUGGAGGCGCCUAUCGAGGGCGCCAAUCGUACGAUCGCCGAAAUUACCACGAUGAACAAGAAUGGGGACGUCAAAAUGGUGGCGGCCAACAACAAAACGAGGGUUUCGACAAUAACCGUGGUGGGCAAGGCGGGUAUAGUGGACCUCCACCCGCACAAAAUAAUCGUUGGAAUAACACUGCUGAAGAGCGUCAGCCGCAAGGAUGGAGUCGUCAGCUUCCAAGAGAUGAACGCCUGGAACAGGAGCUCUUUGCUGGAAUGAACUCGGGAAUCAACUUCGACAAAUACGAGGAAAUUCCCGUUGAAGCAACUGGCGAAAAUGUGCCACAACCGAUCACUUUGUUUGGUGAGCUCAAAUUGCACACAUGGAUUGAAGAGAAUAUUAAAUUGUCGGGAUACGACCGUCCAACGCCAGUUCAGAAGUACAGCAUUCCAGCCUUGAUGGAUAAUCGAGAUCUGAUGUCAUGUGCACAGACUGGAUCUGGAAAGACAGCUGCUUUCCUGGUGCCACUUAUCAAUCACAUUCUUCAGAAUGGACCUGAAGCUAUUCAUCGUGAAGACAUUGGGCGCAGUGGUCGCAAGAAGCAAUUCCCAAGUGCCCUUGUUCUUUCGCCCACUCGUGAGUUGUCACUUCAAAUUUACAACGAGUCCAGAAAGUUCGCCUAUCGUACACCCAUCACUUCGGCACUUCUCUACGGAGGACGCGAAAAUUAUCGCGAUCAAAUCAACAAACUUCGCCUUGGAUGCCACAUUCUCAUUGCGACACCUGGUCGUCUUAUCGAUGUAAUGGAACAAGGAUACAUUGGACUUGCCGGAUGUCGAUAUUUGGUGCUGGAUGAAGCUGAUCGCAUGCUUGACAUGGGUUUUGAGCCCCAAAUUCGACAAAUUGUUGAGCUUUCAAGCAUGCCAAUGAAAGGUGAGCGAGUGACCGCCAUGUUUUCGGCUACAUUCCCGAAGGAAAUUCAGGUUUUGGCUCAAGAUUUCCUCUUACCCGAUUACGUCUUCUUGGCUGUUGGACGUGUGGGCUCAACCUCAGAGAACAUCAUGCAAAAAGUUGUUUGGGUAGAAGAGCCCGAGAAACGAAGCUAUUUGAUGGAUCUUCUCGAUGCAGGAGGGCACGAAGCUUUAACGGUGGUGUUUGUGGAAACAAAGCGUGGUGCCUCGGAUCUUCAAUAUUAUUUGGAGCGAAACAACUAUGGUGUAGUGGCUAUUCAUGGAGAUUUGAAGCAAUUCGAGCGUGAACAGAAUUUGGAUCAAUUCAGGUCGGGACAGGCAAACGUCAUGGUAGCGACUGCUGUAGCUGCGCGUGGACUCGACAUUCCCAAUGUCAAACACGUGAUCAAUUAUGAUUUGCCAAACGAUAUCGACGAAUAUGUGCACCGCAUUGGACGUACUGGACGUGUCGGAAAUAUUGGACUUGCUACUUCGUUCUUCAACGAUAAAAAUCGUAACAUUGCUCGCGAUUUGAUGGAUCUGAUUGUGGAGGCCAACCAAGAAUUGCCUGAAUGGCUUGAGCGUGUGGCUAGCGAUAGUGGACGAUAUGGUGGAUCGGGUCGACCACAACGUGGAGGUGCUGCUCGUGGAAAUGGAAACCGCUUUGGAGGCCGUGAUCAUCGUCUUUCUGCCCAAGGAGGCCAAGGUGGUGGUGGUGGCGGCGGUGGUGGCUAUGGAAGUGGGUCGGGCAAUGGAUAUGGAGGUCGUCAGGGCGGAGGAAAUUUCAACUCAUCUGGCGGCUUUGGUGGAAAUCGUACCCAGCCUGCUCGUCAACAACCAGCGAACGACUGGUGGAAC